AUGUUUGGGAUUUGUUCUAACGGUGUCUAUUCAAGCCACAUCCCGCGUUCAAAAUGGACCAAUCCCUAUCAGCUAGAACCGCUACAAGGCAAACGCUAUAAAAUGGUCCUCCACAAUGACGGACAGAUCGGCAUGGAACGCGGUGUUCACAGGUACGAGGACGUCAACGGCCAUGCAGCAGAUGCCGAGUUUCCUUUUAGCGAAGUGCUUAAACACGAACUGCACUAUCGCGAAAGAAUUGUUCUUUGCUUGCGGCUAGUUCGUUCGUUGCUUGAUCUUCACAACACUACCUGGCUGCGGGGUGACUGGGGUGUUGAAGACAUCUGGGUGUACGGCAAAUCGAACUCCUCGGAACUACAGCUACGCCAGCCAUAUCUCAGGCUGGUUCUCCCGAGCAACCAAAGUGACUCGCCCGUGGACAGUCAGCCGUCGACUACGAGCGACUUCUUUGACGACAUGCAUCGCUUUCCCCACGCCCUUAGUCUGGGUGUUGUUCUUAUGCAAAUACUGCUUAGCGAUCGCCUGCAGAACGUUGCUUCGCUCGAGGACUAUCGGAACGAGAGACGGAGACAUUUAUCAGAGGAUAUCCGGAAUGACGUCAACCUCAAGGUGGUUCAGGCUGGAAGGUUGUUAGAAGAGUGUCAAAAGAGGUUCUCGGCUAGAUCUCCGCUGAUCAAGGCUAUAAGCGGCUGCACAAAACCAAACCUGUUUGGGCCUUUACGAGAACGGGAGAGGGGCAGAGAAUUCUCUUCUAGGGGAUUCGGUUGGGCUGUUCGAAAACGAUGUAAAACGGUCCUACUCGGAAUUUUUAAGGGAGCCGUCCGCUAUGGGCGAGUCGUCGGCGAGCGCUACACAGGGUUCAACACAAAUAGAGAAAAACACAUUGAACUAUUAAGGCUUAUCACCCGGAGCCUCUCUAGCAUGAACGGAAGAUCAAAGGAAGGGGGCUGUAGACUAGACGAUAUAUGGAAUAACCUUGUCUCCGUGGCAAUUCUGGAUACGGGUUGCGAUUUUAGUUUAGAUGAGUUCAAGGAUCUCAUCGUUGGGGAUAAUACAGGCGACAUUCCCUUUCCAAAAAGAGCCCCUGGCAUUGUCGGAUGGGAGGAUUUCGGGGACGAGUCACGCCGUCCCAGUGAUUCCAUGGUGGAUAAAUCUGAAAGCCGCCAUGGGACCAUCAUGGCCCGACUGUUCUUGAGAGCUAUGGGAAUGUCCAAAUUCUACAUACCACGCGUUAUAAAAGGCACUAGUGAUGAUAGGGGUGCUGCUGAGAGAGUUGCCGCUGCCGUCGAAUGGGCUAUAAACGAAUGUAAUGUCGAUAUCAUCAGUAUCUCUCUCCGCCUUAACAAGCCCUCAGAGGAGGUGCGUAAGAGGUUCCAUGAAACGAGCGGUAAAGCCUUGAUCUUUGCCUCGGCUGGAAAUAUGGAUCAAGGACCUACCAAGAAGCCAAUCGCCUUCCCGGCAAUGUUAGAGAAUGUCUUCUGCAUUCACGCUCACGACGGGUUUCAAAAAAACUUUCAAUUUACACCAGACCCGCAUCCGGAGUUGUGGAACUUCCAAGUCAUCGGACAGGAUUUCAACGUCCCCAACCCUGCAGACAGGACUCCCCUGAUCGUCCAAGGCACGUCGUGUGCAACCCUGAUCGCGGCCGGGAUGGCCGCCUUUGUUAUCGACUUUACUCGAGCCUAUGGAAUAGAGUGGGCCAAACGUCGGGAAAACGGCGAGAAAGACGAGUUUGACGACAUCCGAAACACAUUGGUGGAUGAGAAGCAGAGACUCAAGUGCGACCGGAUCAUGAACAAAGUCUUGCUGUCGUACAUGACGAGACGUGACCGGGCUCAUAAGAACCUGAAGGGAAAGUACAUCAGGCUCAACCGCGAGCUCUUGUUCGAAUGCGCCGAGGACCCGGGGAAGUGGCAGCGAUCAGCGCUGUUGAGAAUUACUGAGGCUUUGAAGAAGGACAAGGAUGGUAUUCUGGACGUCUAG